AUGUUACUUGGUAGGUGCCCCCAAACUAGAUCCUUUUGCCAGACACAUUUGAGGUCAAUAUGGCGAAAACCUCAAGAUCAUUAUGCCAUAAACUGUAAAUAUGGCUGGUUUUUUAUUCCAAAAACUCAUUUUGCUCCUCGUUGGACGGUGAAAGCCAUCAAUCAAGUCAUCGAAGACAACAUCGUAGAAGAUCCUAAAAUGGCGGAAGACUUGGAAUCUCUUCAAAAGUUGGUAGAUGUGUGGGCAAAAACUGUAGAUAUAAAGGAAAAGCCAAAUGUUGAAAAAAAGACGAGAGCGGAUGUCAAACGCCAAAAGGAACAAGCGCUCUAUCGAACCCAGUUAAGAGAAGAUAUUGUAAAGCAAGCAGAUCCCUCUGUCAAAUCUAAACCCACUCCUCGUGUGAAGCUACUGGCUGCAAACACAGUCUCGUUUACUCAUGCGUGGAAUUACUAUUUCGCAACUCAUCAUAAGGUGUAUCUGCAUUUGGGCUCAAAAGAAGCACGAAAAGCAGUUGCCAGCGAUUGGAAUCUUUUAUCAGUCGAUGACAAGGAACAUUAUAGACAAGAAUAUGCGGCUCUACUCGAGCAAGGCAAAGACGUAUACAAGGGUGAGAUUGUAACGAAGGAAGAAAAGCUUAAACGCACCGGAAAAAGAACGAAAAAGUAG